AUGGCCAACCUUAAAAAGGAACGGGCCGCCCUGGAUGAAAAGAUCAAAAAGCUGGAAGGCAAAGUAGUCGAUACCGGCCGGCAAGUCACCGCCGUAUCUGUUCUGGAAGUACAGCCGGCACCAUUUUAUGCCUUCGUAGAAGUACUUGCUGCCCUGGAUGCCGCUGCGGUGGAGCAACAGGUGAAGGCCCAGGAGGUUCAACUUGGAUUUGCGAAGACCGUGUAUGAAAAACAACAACGGCUUUGGAAGCAGGAUAUCGGUAGUGAGAUCCAGUUACUGCAAGCCAAAUCUACCUAUGAGACUGCUCAGAAGCAACUCGAGGCAACGAUCGCACAACGGAAUAUGUACCGGAUCAUAUCGCCGAUCAGCGGUACGGUAGACCAGGUAAAUAUAAAGAUCGGUGAUGCGGCUGCACCCGGCGGCGGUGGUGGCCUUCAGGGAAUUCGUGUCGUAAGCACGGAUAAGCUGAAAGCGGAAGCCAGCCUGGGAGAAAGCUAUCUUGGAAAAGUAAAAGUGGGCGACCCGGUAACCCUGCUGUUCCCGGAUAUCAACGACUCUAUUAAAACCAAGGUUACCUACGUAGCCCAGGCUGUAGACCCGGUAUCCCGCGCCUUUAAUGUACAGAUCCGUUUGGGCAAUAACAGCAAGUUGCACCCUAAUAUGAGCUGUAAGAUGAAGAUCAAUAAUUACACCAACGGUAAUGUGAUUACGGUGCCGGUAUCGGUGAUCCAGAAUCUCUCGCAGGGGGAUGUUGUUUAUGUAGCGAAUGGUAAUAAGGCCAAAGCCGUGAUCGUAAAAGCCGGGCGUAAUUCAAACGGCAUGGUGGAGAUCCUUUCCGGGCUCAGUGCCGGUGACCGCGUUAUUACCGAAGGUUAUGAGGAUCUGGACGAUGGUGAGGAUAUUCAGGUGGCAAGACUGAUCAUGAAAGACAAUUUAAACAAAUCAUUUUUCCUGUCGAACUGGGCUAUUAAUAACCGGACGGCAGUAUAUAUCAUCACCGUUAUCAUUACCCUUGCCGGGCUGAUGACCUAUAACAGUCUGCCGAAAGAGCAGUUCCCGGAGGUGAAGAUCCCGCAGAUUAUUGUGCAGACGCUGUACCCGGGCACCUCGCCGGAAAAUAUGGAGAACCUGGUUACCAAGCCGAUUGAAAAGGAAGUAAAAAACCUGACCGGUGUUAAAAAAGUGACCAGCAAUUCCUUCCAGGAUUAUUCGGUGGUGAUUGUUGAGUUCAAUACCAAUGUAAAGGUGGAUAAGGCAAAAAGGGAUACCAAGGAUGCGGUGGAUAAAGCCCGCCCUGACCUCCCUAAAAACCUGCCGAAUGAACCGGAAGUUAAUGAUGUAGACAUUUCUGAGUUGCCCAUCCUGUACGUCAAUAUCUCUGGUAACUAUGACCUGGCCAAGCUUAAAAAAUAUGCAGAAGAUGUAGAAGACCGGAUCGAGGAGAUGAAGGAGAUCAAGCGUGUGGAUAUUGUGGGCGCGCUGGACCGCGAGAUCCAGAUCAAUAUGGACUUGUACAAGAUGCAGGCUGCCGGUAUCACUUUUGAUGAUGUGGAACGUACCAUCGCUUCUGAAAACAUAUCUGCUACCGCUGGUGAAGUGGCCCAGAACAAUAAGAAACGCAUCAUCAGCGUACGCAAUGAAUUUAAGUCGGCCGCGCAGAUCGGGAAUACGAUCAUUAAAAACGGACAAGGCAAAAGUGUGUACCUGCAAGACAUUGCAGACGUGCGCGACUCUUUUGAAGAACAGGAGAGUUAUGCCCGUAUGAAUGGCGUAGAAGAGCUGCGCAGUGACUUCCAGGCCAACAAACCCGAAAUCGUUUUUGACCUGGACCGUGAGCGGAUGAACAACGAGAAUAUUACCACGGGCACAGUAGUAGGUAACUUGCGUACGGCCGUAUUUGGUAAAGAAAUCUCCCGCUUCCGUGAUGAGAAAGAUGAUUACCCGAUCACCUUACGUAUCCUUAAAGAACAAAGGGAGAAUAUUGAUGCCGUCCGUAAUAUGCCGAUCAUUUACCGGGAUAUGGGAAUGGGGGGUGUGAUCCGCCAGGUGCCGGUCAGUGCCUUUGCCAAUGUAUACUAUGAUAACACCUAUGGUGGUAUCAAACGUAAAGACCAGAUCCGUAUCAUUACCUUAUCAUCCAACCUGCUUACGGAUUAUGAUGUGAAUAAAGUGGUGGCAGAUAUACAGAGUGAGAUCAAUAACUUUAAGCUGCCCGCAGGUGUUACAGCCCGCAUGGGUGGUCAGCAGGAAGACCAGGAAGAAACGAUGAACUUUUUAAGUACGGCCGGUCUUACAGCGGUGGCGCUGAUCUUUCUUAUCCUGAUCCUGCAGUUCAAUUCCUUCAGCCGUACGGUGAUCAUUAUGUUCGAGAUCAUCCUGAGUAUCUUCGGUGUGCUGUUGGGCUUGGGUAUUUUCAGAACCUUAUUCUCUAUGGUGUUCAGUGGCAUUGGUAUCAUUGCGCUGAUGGGUAUUGUGGUUAGAAAUGGUAUCCUGCUGGUAGAGUUUAUGGAUCAGCUACUCAAAGAAGGUAUCAAGCCUUAUGAUGCGAUUAUCGAAGCCGGGCGUACCCGUAUGACGCCGGUACUGCUGACCGCUACGGCCGCGAUACUUGGUUUGAUACCGCUUGCCGUUGGCCUGAAUAUCGACUUUGCUACCUUGUUCAAAGACGGGGCUAUGGGAAUCCAUAAUACACUGCCCUGGCAUUUACCCGCCGACCUCCGUUUUUUUAAGCAGACAACCCUGGGAAAGCCUGUUGUUAUGGGCAGCCGCACCUGGGAAUCGCUGGGCCGGAAACUUCCCGGACGAUUAAAUAUUGUGCUUUCCUCCCGCAAGCCGGACUUGCCGGAAGAUGUAUUACUAUUUUCCAAUCUGAAGGAUGCGCUGAAAAGAGUAAGAGCAGAAGAUACAGACGAGGCCUUUGUCAUCGGCGGCAGUAAGGUAUUUGCUGAAGCCAUGCCGGAGCUGGACCGCAUGUAUAUUACCCGGGUGCAGACGGUAGUUGCCGGAGCCGAUACGUUUUUCCCGGAGGAGGCAGAGUUGGCAGGGGUGGAUGAGGUCAACGCAAUGACCAUCGCAACGGUUGAUGCAGCCGGUACGCCUCAUGCCCGUAUUGUCUUGCUCAAAGGGCUUGACGAUCAGGGCUUCUCCUUCUUUACUAAUUAUCAAAGCGCGAAAGGGCAGCAGCUGGCAGCGAAUGCAAAGGUCGCCGUUGUUUUCUUCUGGAGAGAGCUGGAGCGCCAGGUACGUAUAGAAGGCACCGUCAGGAUGCUGACACCGGCAGAAAAUGAUGCCUAUUUUAAUUCGCGUCCGGAAGGCAGCAAAAUAGGUGCCUGGGCAUCACCGCAAAGCCGGGAAAUACCCGCACGGCAAGGAUUAGAAGACUUGGUAAACAAGUAUACCGAAGCUUUUAAAGACAAAGAAAUUCCCCGUCCCGAAAAUUGGGGAGGCUAUUGUAUCAAGCCGGAUUAUAUAGAAUUCUGGCAAGGGAGAAGCAGCCGCCUGCACGAUCGAAUUGUAUUUGAGAAAGGGGUAGAAAAUAUUUGGAGACGCUAUCGAAUCGCGCCUUAA